GAGGGUGAAUGUCGGAGGUGGGUCUCGCACAAGAUGUUUCACCGAGGGUCUCAUAGGCAUUUUGUUGGAGAAGGUUGGGAGGGAAAAGCAGCCUGUGAGAAAUAAAAAGAGCGGAGGAGCAAUGGAUUAUACAAGGGAGAAGGCAACACCUAUAGAAGCCGAAGAAGAGAUGCUUGAAGGAUUUAUAAUGAAUCUUCGCCAUGUCAAGGAGCUCAAAAUUGGGGUUUUAUGUUCUAAGGUUUUGUCUCGUUUGGUAGCUAAAGGUUUCAUUUUACCAUCGAAUAUCAAGUUUUCUUAUGCUUUUUGUAACGUGCUGGAGGUUGGUGAUGCUUGA